GAAGAAAAAGAUUAACAGAUCACAGGAUAAAGGAGGGAAUGUGAAUGGACUAUGGAGAUAUAACUAAAAGGAAUUGUAUGAUCUGCUAUUUCUUGGGUUGAAUUCAUUCACUCUUUUCUGCCCGUCUCCAUCAUUGCCCACACGUCCAUCUCGCUCUCUACACAUACUCCACUUUUAUAUACUAAUAAUUGGUAUUUUCUUCUCUCAAUUCUGCAAUUUACAAACACAAAAGUUGACCCUUUUUGCGGCAAAGAUUGAAACUUUAGCAAGCGAGUGUCUGAUCUGUAUUGGUCUGGCCUUCUUUUUUGUUAAAGAGGAUGACUGUGGAGGAAAUACGAGGGAAUAUGGGGACUGAGAACGGUAAUUAUGACAACUUCCCUGUUGGAAUGAAAGUUCUUGCUGUUGAUGAUGACCCACUUUGCUUGAAGUUACUGGAAACCCUGCUUAGGAAAUGCGAAUAUCAUGUAACCACAACAAGUGAAGCAAGAAUGGCACUGAAUAUGUUGAGAGAAAACAAAGACAGAUUUGACUUGGUAAUUAGUGAUGUUCAUAUGCCUGAUAUGGACGGUUUUAAGCUGCUAGAACUUGUUGGUCUCGAGAUGGAUCUCCCUGUCAUCAUGUUGUCCGGAAAUAGUGAUCCCAAACUAGUAAUGAAGGGAAUAACUCACGGUGCUUGUGACUAUUUGGUCAAACCUGUUCGGAUUGAAGAGCUGAGAAACAUAUGGCAGCAUGUCAUCAGGAGAAAGAAGUUCGACUCCAAGAACCAAAACAAGUCAACUGAUCAAGACACGGCUCGUUUCGGUGGUGGGGAUGGCUGUGGACAAAUCAUGAAGGUGAACAAGAAAAGGAAAGAUGAGGAAGAUGAUAGUGAUGAUAAUGAGAACGAGAAUGAGGACCCUACUGCACAGAAGAAGCCUAGAGUUGUUUGGUCUAUAGACCUCCACAGGAAGUUCGUUGCAGCUGUUAAUCAGUUGGGCAUUGAAAAAGCUGUACCCAAAAGGAUUCUUGACCUGAUGAAUGUUGAUGGGCUUACACGUGAGAAUGUAGCAAGCCAUCUCCAGAAGUACAGGCUCUACUUGAAAAGAAUAAGUUCGGUAGCAACUCAACAGGCCAACAUGGUGGCUGCCUUUGGGGGGAAAGAAUCUGCUUACAUGCGAUUGGGCUCACUUGACGGGCUCGGAGAUUUCCGGACACUGGCAGGAUCAGGAAGAUUUACCCAUCCUUCUUUAUCUUCAUACCCACCAAGUGGCAUGCUUGGUAGACUAAAUAGUGCUGCUGGUGUAAACAUCCGGAAUCUUAAUCUCCCUCAAAAUUUGAGCCAGUCUUUUGGUACUCUUGGAAAGUUGGGUCCAUCCACAGGUCCAGCUGUUACCCCGAAUGCAAGCUGGGUCCCACCAUUAGAACUUGUUGACCCCUUGCAACAAAGUGACCUCAACCCGUUAGGUGGUUCCACGCUUCUUGGAGCUGCAAAUACAACAUUUCCAGAUCCAAGUUCUGGUGUUGGGCUAAUUGCAGGAGGAGUUGGAAUCCCGCAAGCUCUAAAUGUGGUUUCGUUAAAUUCUGAUCCGUUUAACCUCACAGUUAGCGGGUCUUCCAAUUUUCCUGACCAUGGAAGGUCGAGUGAGAAUUGGCAGAACACAAUUCAGGUCAACAACUUCCAGCCGGUGACCGAAACGUUCAAUCAUACCCCCCAACUGACACAAAAUUGUGUGAGAGAGAGUAGUUCUUCUGUGGGCCCGCGUUUACAGGGCAGCUGUCCCAUGUAUUCUUGCACCGCGUCUACUUCUGUUGGCCCUGAGAGGUUGGUAGGUGAUGCUGCCAGUCAGAGUACUAUUAAUCAUGUGGCUACUCAACAGUGGGGAGAACAUAGUAAACUUAAUAAUCACAAGUCAAAUGCUGUUUAUGGAAACACAAUAAGUUCUCGGGGCCCGGUCAACAACAUCGUGCCACAGCCUUUGACCCGGAUUGGUGUUGACCAAUGUGAUGACCUUUGCAACAACAGAGUGAUUGAUGCUUGUGGUGAAUCAAGUAUGGGGCCUUCAUUUCUGUUGCAACACAACAAGAAUGGGAAUUUGACUCCUGACUCAAGGGCGGGAUACUAUGGAGAGUACCUUUUUGAGCCACCAAAGCCAAAUGAGGCUUUACCCUCUCCAGGCUUUGGAUCUAUAGAUGAUCUGAUGAUGAGUUCAGUGAUCAAGCAGGAACAAGAUGAAGGCUUACUAGAGGGGGAAUUCGGGUUCGAUCCUUUCCCAUUUGGGUCAUGUAUAUGAAUUUCUUUACGAAAUCAAAGUUAUGUGUUGAUAUGCAGCUUCUUUAGUUUUUCCUUUUUAAGAGUUAAGAUGUUCCUCUUUUUACUUUUCUUAUUUGGGUAGGACUUUCUUUGUUUGAUAAUGGAAACAAGAUAUUGAUGUAAUUCUCCUCUCUAUCAGAUUGGUAGUUCCACGUUCUUUUGCACCAGUUUUCUCCAAAGUUAUGUACGGCGUUCGGUGUUGUCCUUUCUUUGCACCCGUAAAAACAGGCAAUAAAUUACUCCCUCCGUCCCAAAAUUAUCUUCAUAGUUACUAUUCACAUGGUCAACUCAAAUUACUCUUAAUCUUUUACUUUAUAUAUCAAAUUUUAUCAAAAUUAAAUUUUCUUGAUCAGGCUUUGUAGCGGUUUUAAUGUAGUUUCUGAAUAUGUAAAUUUUAUUUACUAAAAAUAAUUCGAGUGUGAACAGGGAUCAAGUUGCUUUAUCGUCAGUCAAGCAUCGUAAACCGAACUAUGAAGAUAAAUAUGGGACGGAGGUAGUAUUAAAUUUCUUCCGAUGUCGGAUAUUUCUGCUGAAGAAGAGCUGUUCUUGAAGUCACCUAAAUUUUAUUGACUUGAAGUGGUCUACAACACUAUUUUAUUUGACUUGGGGCACUUGAAUGUAGAGGUGACAAUUGUGAACGAUCAGAUGGAUAUCCGCAUCGAACCGCCCAAGUCAAAAUGAGGAAAUCCGCAUUGACCGAGUAAUGGGUAUGGGGCGGGAAAUACCUGAUUUAUUUCUAUGGGUAAUAGAUUGGUUACGGUUUUAUACAUGUCCGCCCUGCUUAUUUUUAGUUAUAUUUUUAUUACAUUCUUAUCUACUAUUUGUGUCACAACUAAUAAAAGAUGAGAUUUUUCUAUUUCCAUUGUGUAUAUAUGGUUGAUAGAUGUACUAGCUAUAGUGUAUGAAUGAAAGUUUAUAAUAGAUCUUAAUAGUCUUGUUUGAAAUUAUCAGAUUUUUUUUCGUGA